CUUAAUUAAAUUUCUGGUGUGAGGUUGAUUCCUGCAUAAGGAGCCAGCGUGUCAAAAUCUAUUAUAGUUUUAAUAUAAACUAAAAUCUAUUAGUGAACAUCUAUAUUAGUUUUAAAAAACACAAAUAAAUAUAUUAUAUAUAUUUUUUUUUUAUAAAAAUGAAACACGGACAGUUAAAAUGUCAUCUAAAACUUAUAUUCUGUUCCACCACGAUCUGCUUCACUCAAUUUCUGAUUGGCUGUUCGUAUUCAUUUUCAUCUACACUUGUGGCACAACUUCGAGAACCUUCGUCAACAAUACAUUUGAGUAUCGAAGAGGAAUCUUGGAUAACAAGUAUUACAGUACUUAUAUGUCCGAUCGGCUUACUCAUAAUUGGAAUACUAACGGACAAAUUCGGUAGACGAAAAACUGUUCAAAUUGUCUACGCACCAAUGGCUUUAAGUUGGCUAAUAAUUACAUUUGCUAACUCUUAUACCACACUAUUAAUUGGAAAAAUUAUACUUGGGAUCCCGUUUGGCAUAGCUGUGUGCACUAUUCUGUACAUUUCCGAACUUUGCCCGACCAACCUGCGACCGCUGUACGUAACGAUGGUCCCCUUUAGCAUAAGCCUGGGUAUGUUGGCGGAAACCAUAUUGGCCAUAUACUGCCGGUGGCAAACCAUAUCCGCUAUCAUGUUGGCAAUCGGCGUGGUCAAUUUCCUAACGUUGUUCAUGGUUCCGGAAUCACCUAAAUGGCUAAGGGCCAAGGGCCGGGCUGCCGAGGCGGACGAGGUGGACAGGUGGUUGGACUUGGGCCACAUGACGCACUCGUCAAAUGCAUCGGGCAAUGUGGUCGAACAGUCAAACGUGGCCAUGGAGGUGGACAACACCGUGCACGCCACGCCUGCAGCACCCACGCCAUUAUCAUCGUCGCCGUACUGGUCGCUUUUCUUGCGACGCAACGUGUGGUUGCCGACGGUGAUCACGGUGACUUUCUUCGUCGGCCAGCAGUGCAGCGGCGUAUACGUGCUGCUGUUCUACUCGAUGGACGUGGUCAGGGACUGCAAGAUGCCAUGGGACAGCAACACUGUUUCGCUGUUCCUGUCUUUGGCCCGGGUGAUAGGUGUCCUGAGUUUCGCGGCGAUGCACCGAGUCGCGUGCCGGACGCUCGUCAUGGUUUCCGGCGGAUGUAUGGCCAUCUCCCUGCUCACAGUAGUUGCCCACAUGAAGGCAUUCGCAGGCGUCCAGGACCCACCGUUUCAGAUGACACUCAUUGUUGCGUUUGUAAUGUUCAUGUUUUUCGCCCUGCUGGGCAUUCUGCCCAUACCUUGGAUACUAUGCGGCGAGGUUUUCCCGAUGGCAGUAAAAGGUGUUAUGAAUGGAGUUGUACAGACAUGCGGAUAUGUUAUCUGGUUUAUAAUUUGCAAAAUAUAUCCAUCGCUGAUAUUAAAUUUAGGAGUAGAAAUCGUUUGGUCAAUAUUCGCUUUCUUCUGUAUAUUAAACGUUUUAUUUGCCAUAUUUAUUAUGCCCGAAACUAAGGGGAAAAGUCUAGACGAAAUAUUGCUAUAUUUCGAACCACAAGAGAAAAUUAAGAAAAUCGAUAUGCCGUGGUAUACGGGACUCGUAAUGGUUUCCGGAGGAUGUAUGGCCAUCUCGCUGCUCACAGUAGUUGCCCACAUAAAGGCAUUCGCGGGCGUCCAGGACCCACCGUUUCAGAUGACACUCAUUGUUGCGUUUGUAAUGUUCAUGUUUUUCGCCCUGCUGGGCAUUCUGCCCAUACCUUGGAUGCUAUGCGGCGAGGUUUUCCCGAUGGAAGUAAAAGGUGUUAUGAAUGGAGUUGUACAGACGUGCGGAUUUCUUAUCUGGUUUAUAAUUUGUAAAAUAUAUCCAUCGUUGAUCUUAAAUUUAGGAGUGGAAAUCGUCUGGUCAAUAUUCGAUUUCUUCUGUAUAUUAAACGUGUUAUUUACCUUAUUUAUUAUGCCCGAAACUAAGGGGAAAAGUCUAGACGAAAUAUUGUUAUAUUUCGAACCACAGGAGAAAAUUAAGAAAAUCGACAUUCCGUAAUCGACGUUAAUUAUGUACUUAUGGAAAACAAACAUACUUUUUACUAUAGGUUUUUUCGUGGUUGUAUUUAAGCAUCGAUACAUAGAUAUCGUUUUAUUUAUAUUGAGUUAUCAUUAGUUCUGCUACAAUUAUAUUAACUACAUUGAUACAAUUUUUGCCAAUUGUUUAUUAUUGAAAAUCAACAUCUCUGAUGAAGGAUAUCAAAUAAUUUUGAUUGCCUCUGGAACUGUAUGUAGGGUCUAAAAUUUUGUGCAGUAGCACAAACUAUAUGUGCAGUAGCAAAUAUUAAAUGUUUUAUUAUUAAAUAGCAAAUUAAAAAAUGUGCAGUUUUUAUUUUCGGUUAUUUAUUUGGCUUUUUUGACUUUUAUUUAAAAUUGCUAAUUAGCAUAUUGGAUUCGUUUAAAAUCCUUAACACUAAAAAUAAUACCGACUACACCCUAUUCUAAUAAAAUAUAUUAAUAGUUUUAUCAACCCAAGUUAUUUCGUUUUUAAUAUUAAAAAGUUUAGUCAUAUAGGUAUCAAGGACUUAUAUAGAAGAUUGUUUAGAUUAUAUAUUUUAUUAUAAAUCAUUAUUAAUAAAUAGCAAAAACAAUUAUACAUUGAAGUUAUAUGUGUUAUCGGGGGGGGGGCUAUAAAUUUUAUUUUCUAUAAAAAUACGGUAUGACGAUAUAAUAUUUUUAUUAUACAAUUUUUCUAUCUUCACGAUUCUUUAUAUAUUGAUUCCUUUAUUUAACUUUAAUUUCUGUAUUUAUGCGCGCUCCCAGGUUAUCAUUUAUUUAUAGAUAACUCGAUUUUUAUUACAUAAGCUGAAUCACGUGAUAUGUAAUUCAUAUGUAUUUUUACUUUUCAUCAAUACAUAUAUAGGCACCUACGCUUAUUCAAGAGGUGAUUUGUAUUUUUAUUAAUUUAACAAAAACAAUUUAAAAUAAUAUUCAAAGUCAGGACUAUGAAGUUUUCAAUUCGUUGUUAUCUUCUAAUCUCAAAUACUUGAGCUAUUAUCAAAGACAAUAUAAAAACUGAUUUAAUUGGCUUAUUAAUUAGCGGUACAAAUUAAGAGGUUCAAAUACAAUUUUGUGUAAAGACUGGGACAUUUAUUUCGUGGUCAAAGCACAAUCAUUGGCUAUCGUAAUAUAAUUGAUCAGUUAUCAGGGUUUUUGUAUCUUGAUUAGUAAUUUUUCUUAAACUCUCAAAAUGUUCACCAAACGUCGAUUAAGUUAGUAAAUACUGUAACACGGUAAAUAUUAAAUCACACAUCCAUUAAAAAUAUUUUUUUAU